GCGGGGCUCGCUCCGCCGGCCGCAGUCGGCGUUAGGCGUGCGCUGUGGGGCUUUGCUCGUUAACCGGUGAGUUAUCUGCGUGCUUGGAAGGCGAGCGAGCUGAAGCCGCAGUCCGUGCUUUUUGGGAAAGCAAAGAGUGGGUCGGGAGCAGCGUGCCCAGUGCUCUGGGGUUGUGCUCGCGGAGCUUGUUCAGUACCAUGAAGCUGCUCCAGACCUUGAACUAACAGUGACCGUUGCGUUUUCUUGCUCCCCUGCUUGGCGUGGGUCCCUGGGGACAGGGCUGGUGGUUGUCACCUGGCGGCAGGUCGCUGGAGCGCUGAGGAGGAAGCUGGCCCACAGCAAGAGAAACAGGUCUCCCUGCUUCCAGCCCUGUGUGCGCGGCCCGGGGCAGGAGGAGUUGUUUCAAGUGCCACCGUAAUGGGUGAGGUCCUUGUCCUCCGCUCUGGGGGACACGGUUGUGCCAAGCGCUGGUUGUUCUCCAGGAAAAGGCCAUUAGGGAUCCUCACGGCCUGCUGGUGUCCUGGUGUUGCUGGGAUGGGAUGAGAGUUGAUGGCCUCAUGUUGCGCCACAGAAAGUCCAGGAUGUUUGGAAAAAGUUAUUGUCCAAAAGAGCGGUGCUGCACUGCACAGCUGCCCAGGGAACAGGGGGGAGGGAGGGUCACCAUCCCUGAGGGUGUUCCAGAGCCGUGGGGAUGUGGCACUGAGGGACGUGGGCACUGGGCACGGUGGGGUGGGGUUGCGUUGGGGAUCUGAGAGGUCUUUUCCAACCUGAAUGAUUGUAUGACAGCUGUGGGUUUCAUACAUCUUCACAUCACGGCUGGAUGCUCGAGCCACCCCCAUCACACUGCGGCUGAGCCGCCAGGAUCAGGGACGUGCCACGUCCUUCCCCUGGGGUCUGAGCACAAGAAGAGCUGACCUGAUCUGGGAGUUCUCUCCUUGCAGAUGAAUGCUUUGAGGAGUUUCUCUCUGGUGGUUCAACUGCUGUUGGGCUUGGUGGACCUGGAAACAUGGCGGUGGAGCAAAUGGGAGUGUUUUGCAAUGACUUUGCUUCCUGCUGUGAGAUUUACAGCCCGUGGGUGCAGUGCAUGGGGAAGCUAAUCCUUGUCCUUAGAAAGGUGCAGAGCUUUUCACUCAGGCAGUGCGAGAGAGGCUGCUGGGUGAGCUGCUUCUUGGGCCAGUUUUGCUGCUCUUCUUGCCAAAGGCAACGAGGGAUAAGGAAGGCACAGCGAGAAAGAGGCUGAGGUUGAUCGAGAGUGCGGAAGACCUUUGUUCUGUAAACAAAAAAUCACUGUGUAAAACUAUUGAGGGAACAGGGAGGGCGUUAGUGAGGGCCUGACUGGGGAAUGUAUGGGACCAAAGGUUCUCGCCUCAGGGGAGAGUACUGCGUUUCCAACCAAAGGCCGCGCAGUCUCACCUUGCAGAAGUGUGCUGUGAUAUCUGGGCAAUGUGCUCGUGAGAGCAGCUACCACAGCGGCUGAGUAAGGGUGGAUUUGCUGAUAGAAGGCUUUGCUUGGUUGGAGGUUCUGGUAUUUCCCCUGCUGUUGACCCCAAGUAUUGAAAUAUCUUGGCCCAGGUCCACCUCAAGACUGGAAGAGCCAGUAAAGAGUGUGGGCGAAAUGUCAUGAUGAGCUUAGGGUGUUUUGCUGAGGGCUGGAGCACAGCUGUUUGUUCGGCGACCUGAGGGUGUUUUUGUAGUUCAGACAGUACUCUGCACCAGGCAAGAUCUAAGAGUUCUAAAUAAGCUAUUUACGUCUGUGGCACGCUUCUCUUCUGGGCUUUGGAAAUCUGCGUGUUGCAGGGAGGAAUUUCAAGACUCAUCGCUAUAUGUCAGGCCUCUGAGGCGGCUUUAAUUCCCACUUCUCCCCGAGGAUUACAAUCUUACGUGAAAAAAACCUGCUGCAACAGAAACACAAAUAGAUGUGGUCACUGCUAUGAGCUGUGCGUUGCAUGACACAGCUGCGGUGAUAAGGCUGAUGCAGGGUAGCAAGCCAAGCCCGUGCUGUCCUGUGCAAACAUUAACUUAGUUUCUUCUGUAAUUAACCCAAGGGAAUUCAGUUUCUCUGUGACUCAGGAUGGUCACAAGGCAAUUGAAUGCUGUAAAGACCUGUGUUUGGAAUUGGUGUGUGACGGGUGUCUUUCACUAUUAAACUUGUCCUCUCUGCCUGGAAUUUGGAAGGUCUGGAGGAUUCUGUCCUUUAUUCCCUUCUUAGUUCAGAUGCCGUCAUUUUAUAGUGCAAUUGCCCUUAAUAAGGAACUACUGGAGGGAAAUAAAACACUGAUAAAGUUUCGACAGUGCUUUUCUGCCAAUAUUGGGGCAACGCAGCAUGAAUAUGCCUUAAUGAAACAUAGCUCUUAUGUUUGCUAUUUCCACGUCUUUCUUAUCAAGAAUUUGCGAGAAGAUUAUUGUCAUAAGAUCUCCUUCUGGAGCAGUACCGAGGUUUUCAGCAGGUGUUGGUGCAGGAGUUGGUCUCGCUGUGUAGCUGCACUUGAGCUGCGUGGGUGAAGUGAGUUGCACGCUGUGCACACGCUGUCAGUCACUUUUAGGGUUUUAUUUGAUGGGAAGCUAGUUGUUUGCUCAUGCGCCAGCACCAUAAAACUGUUUUUGUCGUGAAGUAUCAUCUGGAAGACUUUGGAUCUUGAAAAAAUAAUUCUCUGUGCUCUAUCUGCACAGCAACACACUAGCCUAAGGUACAGUAAACCCUUGGAAGGUCCCUACGAUCUGAACUGCUCCUGUGCAAUGCCCACUUCUCUUCCUCUGCCAGGCUCAAGGAAUGCGGUCGGUGCUAAGGCACCGCUUGAGCAGCAACUUCCCUUUCCAUACCCCCAGCAAAUCUCAGUCUUGAGAAAAUAAAUAUAUUUUGAAGAUCUGUAGCGAGAAUAAGCUGUGGGAUGUGACAGUGUCCACAGUUUGCUCAGAUAGACACGUAGGGCUCUUGUACCAGCUCCAAAAGGAGGAGCUUUGCUGCAGCGAAGCAGCUGGGCGUGAUUUAGUGUGUGUUAUUUGGAGGCAGGCAGUCUCCCUGUGGGAUCUGUGAGCCCGCUCCGCUCGUCUCCAAGGCCGGGCUGUCCCAGGUGGUGAGGCUGCCCUGCUGCCUGCAGCCGGCUCAGUUAGCUGAUGGCUUUCGUUCCUCUCGCUUCCAGGACCGCACUGCUCAUGUGAUAAUUGUUUUAGAUUUUAUUGAGCAGGUGUGGCUGGAAAAGGGGAGGUGAGAACUGUCUCUUGCAUACGCAGGCUGGGAUCUGAAGGGUGUGAUUGCUUGGCAAGAGUCGGGUAAUGGUCUGAUGACUCUCCUUCAUCUCUGGAGACCUUCCCCAGGUCCUCUCUGACUUUGUAUUGCAUCUCUUGGCCGUGUGCACUGGUGUCAGGUGGAGCCUUAGUGCAUACCUGGAGCAGAGGGAAGGAGCGGGGCUGUGCAGAGCCGCACAGGUGCCAGCAGAGCUGGGUGAUGCUGUGUUAGUCACACACCUGCUCUUCACUUCUGCGCAGAUCUGUGGCAGAGAAGAUGGGGCUGGAUUGUGGUGGCAGUCAAAAGAAGCAGCUGAAUCCCAUAUCUGUGUUGUGCUGGGCAAACAAAUUAACUGGUGAUAAGAGACAGGCGAAACUCAUGGCCAAGAGCCCAGUAGUUGUGUGGGGCAGAGUCCAGUGAGGUAGGCAUGGACGCCAGGUCAGAGGACAUGCCUGGGAGGGGUGCAGAGCAGUGGGGGCUGUGGGUGUGUGGGCCGCGCCGAGCUGUCCUGCUGGCACUGUCAGACAAGACAAGCCUGAAACCAGCCAGUAAGGGGGAUGCUAAUCCCAUGUUGGCCAGCCCUUUGGAAACAUCCCAGAAAUCCUCUUGCUGGGAAGAGACACCUCCUGGCCUUCCUGGGAGUCCCUGCUGCAGGGGGAUCUCUGCUUUCCAGUAAAGCAUCUCCAGUCCAGAGUCUGCCGUGGCAGUUCCCACCCUCCCCAUGCGCCCGCUGGAUUUCCUGCUGACAGAAUUAGUCACUUCUGCAUCUUCUGGUUUGUCCAGUCCGGCAGAUUACGGUUGCUGUCUAAAAAUAUAUUACGUGGCUGUUUUACUGAGGAGUGGAAAGGUUUGCUUACGCACUGGGCUUCACUCAGAGCCUGUCACUGGGGAGCUGCGUGCAGGAGACCUCCGAGCAUGGUAUAAAUCUCUGUGCACACUCCUCUCCCGAGCUUCCUUUGUUUUGAUGAGAAAUCAAGGCUUUGCAGAGAUGAGAGGGACAUGUUGGAGGUGACGCAGGAUGCUGCAGUUCCCCACACCGCAGCCCGGCGCUCUGACCACCAAACAAACAGCUCGAGGCUCACCUGCUGGUUGGUUGGGGGCUUUUUUGGUCUUUUUUCUUCCUUUUUUGUCAGUUUGGGCCGUUGCUUGCUCUUCCAUAUCAGGAGAAGACCAGGAUAAUUAAACGCUGACUUCCCGACUCUUUAGCAUCCCCAAAGGAUAUUUUGAAGAAGCCCAGGCACGUGCUGCUGUACAAGAAGCUCCCUCUUGUCACCUGGAAGCUUUUCAGAAGUAAGCUGCGGAGAAAGCGUACUUCCCCCUGUGCCCUGGCAGUUACAGCUCAGGAUAACCUCCUCCUGUGCAGAAUUUGCUGCUGCCCUGGAGUCCUGCGUGCGUGUCCUGCCUCCUCAGCAGUGACACACGUCUUCCUGACCCUUUCACUCCCUUGGCACGUGACUUUCCUCCCGGGACGCUGCACAGCAGCAGCACCAGUCAGAAACCUCCGUGCCUACCAGGGAGCCCUGCAACGAGUGAGGACCGAGUGAGGAGGAGCAAGAGGAAGUAACUGAACCUGUGACUAAGGCGGGGAGAAUAUCAAGGAAGGUUUUCUGUUAGGGUUUAGCGCAGUCAUUUCCUUGAGAGGGGUGAGAGAGUCAGACCUUGGAUCACUUUGUGCUGGGGACUGUUUCUUGGGGAGUCAUGGACAAGGACAUGAACAACCUGGAUGAAGGGGUGGAGUUCCUCCCUGCCAUGAACUCCAAGAAGAUGGAGAAGCGUGGCCCGAAGCGAAGGGUAGUUGCGGCCAUUCUGAUCCUUGCUUUCCUGCUCAUCUCCCUUGUCACUGGCCUCCUGGUUUGGCACUUCAAAUACAGGAACGCUCCCGUGCAGAAAGUCUACAACGGCCACCUGCGAGUUCUGAACUGGGAAUUCAUUGAUGCUUACGAGAACUCCAGUUCGCCAGACUUUGUCAUGCUGGCUAAGAAGGUGAAGAGCACGAUUGAAGAUAUCUACAGGAGUCAUCCAGAUAUUGGCCCUUACCAUAAGGAGACAGUAAUAACUGCAUUCAGCGAAGGCAGUGUCAUUGCCUACUACUGGUCAGAGUUCCUCGUCCCCAAGUACCGCGAGGAGAAGCUCGACAGGGCCAUGGCAGACAAGCAGAGCUUGAUCCAGAGGCUGAACCCACGGCUGCGAAACCCCACGCUGAAGGUGGAGUCCAUCGUCGCUUUCCCUGCUGACCCCAGCAUCGCACAGUCCGCUCGGGACAAUAGCUGCCUUUUUGCCCUCCACGCCAAGGAAGGGGAGAUCACCACUUUCACCACGCCAGGGUUCCCCAACAGCCCGUACCCCAACAAUGCACGCUGCUACUGGACACUGAGGGCAGAUGCCAACUCCAUCAUCAGCCUGACCUUCAAGACACUGGACCUGGAGCAGUGCACAGAUAACAGUGACUACAUCAAGGUGUACGACUCUCUGAGCCCUGUGGAGCCCCACGCUUUAGUGAGGCUCUGUGGGAACUAUGCCCCUUCAUACAACCUGACCUUCCUGUCCUCCCAGAACGUUAUGCUCGUCACGUUGAUUACCAACAAGGAGGGGAGAUUCCCUGGCUUUAAGGCUGAGUUCUUCCAGCUCCCAAAGACUAAAGUGUGCGGUGGGACUCUGAGAGGAGAGAGCGGCACUUUCACCACUCCCUAUUACCCAGCACACUACCCACCAGCCUUGGACUGUGUCUGGAACAUAGAGGUUCCUUCUAAAAAGAAUGUGAAGGUGCGUUUCAACAUGUUCUUUGUGCUGGAGCCUGGGGUCCCAGUCAGCUCCUGCACCAAGGACUACGUGCAGAUCAACAGCAUGAGGUACUGCGGGGAGCGUUCCCAGUUUGUGGUGGCCAGUAGCAGCAACAAGAUAGCAGUCCAGUUCCACUCAGACCGUUCCUACACAGACACUGGCUUCUCUGCAGAGUACCUGUCCUACGACUCCAGCGAUCCCUGCCCUGGCAAGUUUGCCUGCAACACCGGCCGCUGCAUUGAGAGAAGCAUGCGCUGCGACGGGUGGCAGGACUGCGUCGAUGGCAGCGAUGAGCGAUCCUGCACCUGUACCGACCAGCAGUUCAGGUGCCAGAACGGCUGGUGCAAGCCCAAGUUCUGGCUCUGUGACAACGUGAACGACUGCGGUGACAACAGCGAUGAGUUGCAGUGCAGCUGUGGAAACAACACCUUCAAGUGCAACAAUGGGAAGUGCAUCCCCGACACACGGACGUGUGACGGCAAGGACGACUGCGGAGAUGGGAGCGACGAGGGCUCCUGCAGCAAAGCAGCCCAGUCAACAGUUCCCUGCAAGGAUUACACGUACAAGUGCCGCAGCGGGCUCUGCAUCAGCAAGCAGAACCCAGAGUGUGAUGGGGAGCGGGACUGCGAAGACAAUUCUGAUGAGGACAACUGCAACUGCGGGACCCGCUCCUUCAUUAGGAAGUCACGGAUCGUCGGUGGGCAGAACUCGGAGGUGGGAGAGUGGCCGUGGCAGGUCAGCCUCCACGCCAAGAGCCAGGGCCACAUCUGCGGGGCCUCGCUCAUCUCGGAGACCUGGCUGGUGUCAGCGGCACAUUGCUUCGUGCAGAUGCAAGGCAUCAGGUACUCAGAUGCCAGCCUGUGGACAGCCUACCUGGGCCUGACCUACCAAAACAAACUCAGCGAUGCCAACGUGCAAAAGAAGCAAAUCAGGCGCAUUAUCUCCCACUCCGGCUUCAACGACUUCACCUACGACAAUGAUAUUGCUGUGUUGGAGCUGCAGAGCCCCGUCACCUUCUCCUCUGUUGUCCAGCCCAUCUGCCUGCCCGAUUCCACCCACAGCUUCCCCGUGGGCAAGGACCUGUGGGUGACCGGAUGGGGAGCGACCGUGGAAGGAGGCAGUGGCUCCACCAUCUUGCAGAAAGCAGAAAUCCGCUUGAUCAACCAGACCGUGUGCAACCAGCUGCUGAGCAACCAGCUGACGCCGCGCAUGAUGUGCGUGGGGAUCCUGACCGGCGGCGUGGACGCGUGCCAGGGAGAUUCUGGAGGGCCCCUGGUCAGCGUGGAAAGCAGCGGGCGGAUGUUCCUGGCUGGCGUUGUGAGCUGGGGCGACGGCUGCGCACAGAGGAACAAGCCUGGAGUCUACAGCCGGCUGACAGCGCUGCGGGCAUGGAUCAAGCAGCAGACAGGGCUCUAGGGACGUGCUCAGCCCCCAGACACAUCCACCUCUUGUACAGCACCAGGUGGGGACAGCCCUGGCUGGGAGGCACUGCCUCUACUGUGAGCCUCUACCUCACUGUGUCUGAGCUCCCGGGAGUCCCAGGCUUGAGCUGCUGGGGGAGCACAGCCCUGAGUACUUCAGCCUCCCAAAUCCCCAUCUUAACUUAGAAAUCACUCUAUGAAUUCCUUACAUCCCUCUUUUACGGGUAAGCAAAUGCAGCUCCCACAACAAACUUCAAGGAACAGUCAUUCAACAGUGAAAUUUUUUUAUUCUAAGUUUAUUUAAAAAAAAAAAUUAAAAAAAAAAAGAAAAAACACAUAGUGUUUUUUAAAGCAGACUUUAUUGGGAGGGGUUCAAAAACAGGCAUUCAGAAUAUAUUCUAUCUCCUUCAUUUGUUUUUGAACUUCCAUCCGCACCCCUUUGUCUGGUCUUCAUUGAUGGGGGGGGGGGAAGGGGAGGGGGAAGGAGCUGUUACCCUGCUCCCUGGAUCCUCCGGAGCCCUGGGCCUGCUCUCCUCCUGCCGUCCUGCGCCCCACUUGGCUUCUGUUCUUCUCCACGUGCGAUGCUGUUGCAAGGAGCCCAGGGCUGCAGCGCUGAGGGAGAGAAGCAGAGCUGAAACCUGGCAUCACUUACUUAGAGGGAAGCCUUGGAUGGGGCAGGGCGUGCUGCUGAGAGCAGGGACGUGGGCAUUACCUUCGCUCCACGCUUCAGGUUGCUGACAGCAUCCAUCCACAUUCCCACUGCACUCAGGUGGCUGCGUUGGGCAGGUCCCCUACACACAGCAAUGACUUCCUCCUUGCAGGCAGCCUGCAGGGACAGAGAGGGGUGCUCCCACAGCUUGGACCCUGCAGCAAGAAAACGGGUUAGCAGGGCCUGCUCCAUGGCUGACAGAUACCCCCCCCCUCUUUUUACUGUUUUAAGGAAAAAAAUGCAACAAUGUGACUGCUGAAUGUGAUUUUUUUUUUCCUGUGUAGCCCAUUCCUGGCCCUAGGAGAGCACACUCCCAGUGAAUUUAGUUAGCUCUAUCUUUGUCUGUAAAUACAUUGUUUUGUAAGACUCUCUGUGAAGUGGAAAUGCUCUAAUAAACUGGGAUAUUUUAUAA